UUCAACCCACCAUUUCCCUGCAACUACUUCAUUUCACUGGCUGAAGGAGAGAAAAAUGAGUGUCCUUGGACUUGAAUCUUCUCUUCACAACCAAACCCUUUCUCUCUCUUCUUCGCUCUCUUUCUCUCUCCCCUUCAAGCCCUCUUCUUCCACUCUCCGCUUCGCUCGCACGCGCGCCACGUGCCUCCCCUUGGUAACGUGUUCCGUCUCCAAGGUCCACAACUAUGGCACCGUGGACUACGAACGCCGCCCCAUUGUGCGGUGGAACGACGUGUACCGCCGGAUAUCGCUCAACCCGGACCCCGACGUGGGCUCCGCCGAGGUGCUCAACCGGUGGGAGAACGAAGGCAAAAACCUUACCAAGUGGGAGCUCUCCAGAGUCAUCAAGGAGUUGAGGAAGUACAAGAAGUUUCGGAGAGCCCUUGAGGUAUAUGAUUGGAUAAACAAUAGACCAGAGCGGUUUAGAGUUUCUGAGAGUGAUGCAGCAAUUCAGUUAGAUCUAAUCGCAAAAGUUCGUGGGUUUCCUAGUGCAGAAGUAUUUUUUCUGAGUCUGGAAGAUCAGUUAAAAAAUAAGAGAACUUACGGUGCCCUUUUGAAUGUAUAUGUGCAUUCCAGAUCAAAGGAAAAGGCAGAAUCUUUAUUUGACACAAUGAGGGGUAAAGGGUAUGUAGUACAUCCACUACCAUUUAAUGUAAUGAUGACCCUGUACAUGAACGUAAAGGAAUAUGAUAAAGUUGAUAUGCUGGUUUCUGAAAUGUUGGAAAAAAAGAUACAGUUAGAUAUCUACACAUAUAAUAUCUGGUUAUCUUCUUGUGGAUCUCAAGGAUCAAUAGAGAAGAUGGAACAAGUGUUUGAACAGAUGGAAAAGGACCCUACCAUUAUCCCUAACUGGUCUACAUUCAGCACAAUGGCUUCAAUGUACAUUAGGAUGGAUCAGACUGAAAAAGCAGAAGAAUGCUUAAGAAAGGUUGAGGAUAGAAUUAAAGGUCGUGAUAGAAUACCUUUUCAUUAUCUCCUGAGUUUAUAUGGACGUAUUGGAAACAAAGACGAAAUUUAUCGAGUUUGGAAUAUAUACAAAUCAGUUUUUCCAAAAAAUACACCAAACUUGGGAUACCAUGCUGUUAUUUCUUCUCUGGUUAAAGUGGAUGAUAUUGCAGGUGCAGAAAAACUUUAUAAGGAAUGGGUUUCAGUAAAGUUAAGUUAUGAUCCUAGAGUAGGAAACCUUCUCCUAGACUGGUAUGUUGAGGCAGGUGAUAUGCACAAGGCUCUGAGUUUCUUCAAGCAGAUGAAGGAGGAUGGUGGUUUUCCAAAUUCAAAUACAUGGGAGAUUCUCUCGGAGGGCUACAUUGCAGAUAAGAGGAUUUCUGAGGCCUUGUCCUGCUUGAAAGAGGCUUUUAUGGUUGCUAAUGAUUCAAGGAGUUGGAGACCAAAGCCCUUGAACUUGUCUGCAUUCCUUGAGCUUUGCCAAGAGCAAGGUGACUUGGGAAGUGCUGAGACUUUAACUGUACUGUUGAAGCUGUCCAAAUUUAGUAAAUAUAAAGCUUAUGAAUCAUUCAUUGGCUCAUCAGAUGAUGAAUUAUCAAGCAAGAUUAAUACAGUAGAUAGAACUGAUGAUAUGCAUGGCAGUGAAAACAUGGAUGGUGACUCUGAAUUAUUGUUGAACGAACUAGAAAGUAGCUUUUGAUACUUCAACUGUUUUUCUUUCUAGUAUUAGAAAAUGGCUUGCUAGAACAUGCAGGGGAUUUUGGUGAGUAUGAUCUCAAAGUUUCAUGGAUUCUGUCUCAUUGCAACUGUAAGAAAGUGUAGCUGCUUUUGGAGUUUUUAUGCUAAAAUGAUAUGUGAUGUUUUGCUUUUC